AGAAGGUGCUUUUGUCACAGUGGGUGGACAGUGACGACGAUGAAAAUCCGUGUGAGCCAGAUGGAUUUCCAGGCUCACCUCCUGCACCACAGUAUGCACAACGGAAAGAUGAUACACAUGUGGUUCUAAAUUUAAAGGAUGAAGAGGUGUCGUUGUGUGAAAAGCUUUCACCCUCCCCAGAUAUAACUGGUGGAGCAUGUCAGAUAUGUAAAAAAAAAGCCCGAGAAAAGUUCAAGGAAUUAAGCGAAGAAAAUUUGCUCCUGAUCAAUAAAAAUCAAGAACUUAUCCUUGAACUGCAUGUAAUGAAAGAAGCGAUGAGAGAACUGCAUUUAAAAUGCAAGAGGCUGGAAGACGACAGCUGUGCGCUGCAGGAAGCCGAGAAAGCGUCCUCUCAGGGAGUUGCUGAACCUGAAUUACUUUAUCUAAGGAAACAAGCUCAAGAAUUGGUGGAUGAAAACGACGGGUUGAAAAUGACCAUCCAUCGUUUGAAUGUAGAACUGAGUCGAUAUCAAACAAAAUUUAGGCAUUUGUCCAAGGAAGAGAGUUUAACUAUUGAAGGCCUCCCAUCAAAGGGCCCUAUACCACCCUGGUUGUUGGAUAUAAAGUACCUGUCUCCAUUGUUGUUGGCUUAUGAGGACAGAAUGAAAGAGAAGGAUGAGCUCAAUGCCACCCUCGAGGAGGAAAUGAGAAUGUUUAGGGUGCGAGUCCAAGAAGUGGUGAAAGAAAAUGAAGUGCUGCACCAGGAGUUAAAUAAGAGCAGUCCUGUAUCCUGUGAGGAAUGGUUCCUGCUAAUGAAUACUUUUGGAGGCAGCAGGUGAUGUGUUUACUUGGAUCCCGACCACCCACAUGUGAGACCCAGAUGAAUUCC